UGAUGUCGUCACUCAAAAGUGCGUCGCUCGGCUUUACGUGAGGACGCCCUACGGCGACCGAAGAGAGAAAUGUGGGCGCGGGCGGUGAGGUUUGGCCUUCGGUCCUGGGUGGCCUGGCGCCGGGGUUUCACCUCUAAGGCAGAUCCUCAGGGUAACGGCCGGGUCUCGGCCCAGGUGAUCGAGCACCUGGAGCGUCUGGCGCUUGUGGACUUUGGCAGCCAAGAGGCCGUGGCACGGCUGGAGAAAGCCAUCGCCUUUGCCGACCGGCUCCGCGCCGUGGACACGGGUGGGGUGGAGCCCAUGGAAUCUGUACUGGAGGACAGAUGUCUGUAUUUGAGAUCUGACAAUGUGGUAGAAGGCAACUGUGCUGAAGAACUACUACAAAAUGCCCAUCGAGUUGUGGAGGAAUAUUUUGUGGCACCCCCAGGUAAUAUCUCUUUGCCAAAGCAGGAUGAGCAAGAGCCUUUUUCAUACAACUGAGUAGCUAUUCUGGGAAGGGGUACCCUGUGAACAUGUGGAAGCCCAAAGAUAGUAUUUUUGUUACUGUGAACAGGAAUAUGCCCACUUUCUUCAGUCACCUGAAAAAAACUGUUAAGUAUUUUUUAAUAACUAACUCUCUGAAGACAGAAUUGGGAAAUAUCUAGCCAAAACAAGGCAAUGAGUUCCUGCUGCUACUGGAUUUAAGAGGUAUUGUUACUUUCCGAGGAAGUGGAUCAAGUAUUUUAUUCACAGACUGUUCAGUGUAUAAGAUGUUCUCCUUCUUUAUCUCUUCCCAGACUACCAAACUGCACUUAAAUGAAUUUUUCUAUUGAUGUAACUAUAGACAAUGCAUCUGAUCACUAUGUGAAAAUCUGUGUUGUACUUUUUAGUUGCUAUUUCUAUCAAUCCAAGAAACCUUGUAUCUUUACUAAACAAACUCGAAUUUGUUCCUGGGUGCCCACUUUGUUCCCAGCAGAAGGCUAACUUUCUCCUAAUAUCUGAAGAGUAUUCAAAGUAGACUCUACAGCUUGGCAACUCCUAACCUACAAUCAUCCACUAUCCCACAAAAUGAUUACAUGCGAAAGGGAUACUAGCCACAGCUACAGUUUUUCUGAAAAGAACUUAUGACAAAAACAGCCCUGGGGUAGCUAACAGUGCUAUGUUGUACACUAAAAAUUUGCCAAGAGAGUAGAUCUUAUAUUAAAUGUUCUUAACACAAAUCUUAAAGAAGUAAGGAGGAAAGUUUGGGAGGUGAUGGAUAUGUUUAUAGCCUUGAUGGUGGUGAUGCUUUCAUGGGUAUACACUUAACCCCAAACUCACUAAAUCGUAUACAUAAAAUAAGUACAACGUUUUACAUGUUAAUCAUAAUUCAAUAAAGUGGCUUUUUAAAAAAGCCCCAGGGCCUGGAACACAGUAGCUUCCCCAUCUCCGCCACGAUUACUAAUGGAGUAGAAUCUAAGAGUUUUUUGGUUUGUUUUGUGUUUUAAGAAAGCUCAAAUACCAAGGAUAAGUGAAACAGAUUUAGGGGUAAAAGUGACAGAACCAAAAUUUAAGCAUAUUUUUUCCCCUCCAAACUGCCACAGUGGGUUUUAAGAGUCUUCCAAUGAUCUUUAUGCUACUGGUGACUUUACAGUCUAUUUUAUUCUUAUAUUCCUUUACCCUAUCUUAAAUGCUCCCUCUUCUUUAAGGCAGCUUCAUUUAUAAGCUUGGCUUUGCAUUCUAAGAUAACCCUGAGUGACUCUUGGGAUUGAGAUUCUCAAAUUACUGUCACAGCAACUGUCUUUGUUCCCAAAUAAAGUUAUCCAUUCCUGCUCCUUACCAA